AUGGAUUGGAAGCUAGUCGAGAAAUUUCAUGAUGGCAAGGAGAAACCAAUUGAAGUGGUAGUUGUUCCCAAGCAAAUGGCUCCAAUAUUUCCCGAUCGGUUCUCGACAUAUUUCGGUUUUUUCAAAUCUGAUAAAUCAUCAACUAUCCAAGGACAAUUGAAUUGUUCUGGAAGUCUACCGUUUCAUCGGCUAGCAGGAAAUAUGCGAAUGAAUGAACUUAUAGAUGGAUACCAUAGUAUACAAUUAAAUGAAAUGAAUGAGAAAAAUGAAACAGAACUGAAGUCCAUACGUCAACAAGUUGAAGAUUUAUCAUGUCAAUUGAAUAUAUUAUCAAAAUUCACUUCUUUGGUCGCUGUAGAUCCAAUCAAGUUAGAUGUUGAUCCGAAGGAAAGAGUUAAAGUCACUGUACCUCGUAUGUUCCGUCGUUUCUCUGUUGCACAAAUAUCAAUGCCUACAGGGAGUAUUUGUUAUGAUACCUUAGAUGGUAAUUUCGAUGGAGCUGUUGGACGCUGUGAUACAUCAAAGUGCGCUUACACUGGUUCGUUAGGUUUUGAUACAGACAUAUUUCGAGGAGCUGUUGGAUGCUGUGAUCAAUUUCAGGAAGUUCAACCAGUUAAAGUUAUGGAAAAACAUAUAAGACUUGCUGAAUUACAAAGUUUUUCAGGAUUCUGGAAAUUAAAUUCUGAUUUAUCUGAAUGUUUUGAAAUACCUCUUGAUAAUUUGACAGAGUUUUUAAAACAAACUGAAAAAUCAUUAUCUCUGUCGGAUGUUACUUGGGGGACCGCUCUGGUAAUUGCAUAUCUGGAGUUAUGUGUGCCUGAGAAGGAAAAUGAAUGGCGCCUGAUAGUUGAUAAGGCAAGAUAUUGGCUCAACACUCAAGGUCAAAUAUCUCAAAAAGAUUCAAAGAAUCCCAAGAAGCUCCUUGUGGAUACGCAUGAAUGUGAAUUCGUUGCUCUCAUAUAUCGUGUCUUACAAGUCAUAUGGUUAUGUUUCAUGAUUAUCUUCCUCCCAAGUUCAAAGAUAUAUCGCUUUAUCUCAAAUAGACCUUGACAUUAUAUUGAGCCUUUUUAUCACUUAUGAUAUUUUGAAACACCUAGUAAUGGGUAAGCUGAAAAAUGAUGCGAACAAUCAUCAUAUUUACUCGCAUCUAUUGCAGCUUGGUUCAUUCUGACUGUGGAAGCUCUGGAUCCAGUUAUGUAACUACUUUUCCGAGAAUGUGUAAUGGGACUGUUUGCCAUUCCUUACUGAUACCACGUGAACUUUAUUUCAUUCAACGGAGUCUAACAAUAAUGCUAGUCUGCUUCCCUAAAAUGUUGUAGCUUUGUAAUGUAUGUGAGUCUAAUAAUUAAUAGAUAAAGAAGGAAACAGAAUAAUUCGAUAUAGAGUAAAAAGUUUGACCGAGUGCAAAGGUAAUCUAGGGGGACUAGUCCGAACGGGCAAGCCACUGAUGGAAGGAGUGCAUAAUGUGAAUGACGCAUUACCAAAAGUUCGUCUAUACAUACCCACGUACACUCAGUAAGCUACGUCCGUUUAAACUAAUCAUAUCAGCAUAAUCGUACUAUACCCACUCAAUUAUUUUUUUUAUUCUAGGAGAUUAUUCAUCACUAUAAUUCAUUUGAAUUACCUUGGAUUCGGUGUUUUUAGUGGAUUUUCAAACACGGAGCUUCAAAUUUAAAGAUUGUUUGUCUAUUAUUAUAAUUGUAAUUGUACGUGUAGUACCGCGUCUCGGUAACCGUCAGACCACUUAGGCGCCUCGUUUGACUAAAAAUAAAACCCCGUUAGUUGUAUACGAGUUGUGAGGACUCCAUCUGUCACUUGAAUUGGUCUUCAGAAUGCAGAGCGAACUCAAAACAUUUAGCUUAAACAACAGUCCUCUGUGAACAAUGGUCACACUAAAUGAUGAUAUACUACCAAAAUCUACUUCGUAAUAUAUACAACAGAACGGUGAAAUUGUUUUUUGACUAGUCAUAUGCAAGAUGAUUACUCAUUGUGGUUCAACGUUAUUAAGACACUCAUCAGAGGUUAUUUAAAUGUAGGCGUUUUAUCUCGAAAAUAAAAUACUCUGGUAAAA